AUGAUUGAACGUUUAUUAGCACCAACACCUCCAACACAAUUAACAGAACAUAUUACUGAAUCUCAAGAGUUAACUCCAACAUCAUUAGUUGAUUAUGACAUUGUUGGUAAUAAUACAUUAAUACUUGGUGAAAAAGAUUGUAUAUCAUGUGGAUUGAUUAUAAAAGAUGAGAGUUAUUUACGUGUACAUAAACAUGGAAUUUUUCAUGAAAAUUGCUUAACAUGCUACAUAUGUCAUCGAUCAUUAAUAACAAUUGGUGGAGGUUAUUUUAUACGAAAUGGAUACGAUCAACAAUCACAUUUUAUUUGUCGACAUGAUUAUCAAAUCGCUAAUAACAAUAAGUCUUAUCGAAGUUCUUCGUGUUCAAUGUAUCUUCCACAAUGUUCAAAAUGUCAAACAAUCAUUUCAGCAAAUGAAUUAGUUAUGCGCACUGAUGAUAAAUAUAUUUAUCAUAUUGAUUGUUUUACCUGUUGUUUAUGUAAUGUAGUUUUAAAACCAGGAGAUGAUUAUGGUUUGCAUGGUUCAUUAUUAUUUUGUCGUUUACAUUUGGAACAAACAACAAAUACAACAUUUUCUUUAUGUUCACCGAUAAAAGCUCCAACAACAGCAAAUAUAAAUAUUAAAAAAUCUCGACAAAAUGGUACAACAACACAACGUAAACAACGAACUAAAUUAAAUAAUCUUGAAAAUAAUACAAAUAAUUUAGAAAUAACAGCUUUUUUACACGGAAACGAUCUUUCAAAUUCAGACGGAAAUUUUUCAUCAACAAUAUUUAAUAAUUCAACAGUAACCAAUCCACAACAACGAACGAAACGUAAUCGAACAUCAUUUAAACAUCAUCAAUUACGUAUAAUGAAAACUUUUUUCGCUCAAAAUCAUAAUCCUGAUUCAAAAGGUCUAAAAAUUUUAUCACAAAAAACUCAAUUAAGUAAACGUGUUCUACAGGUUUGGUUUCAAAAUGCUCGAGCUAAACUACGCCGUGGUCUACUUCAAGAACAAGAAAAUAAACAACAAAAAGCAUCAACAUCAAUUGAUAAUAAUAAUUCAUCUUCGGCAAGUGAAUUUUUACAAUUGAUAAAUGAUGAUGAUAUAACAAGUGGAACAUCGAAUGAUCGCAGUAGAACCGAAGACGAAGAAAUUAUUGAUGAAUUAGAUGAUUAUGACAACAAUCAAAAUAAUGAUUCAUCGACAACUAUCAACACACAUGAAUUUAAUCAUCUGAUGCCGCCUUAUUCUAUGUACCCACUUUUGUGA